AGUAUAUAAGACAUGAAAACACACACAACAGAACAACACACAUCUGCAUGCACACCAGGAUCAAAAUGAAGGCUGUUCAGACUGCACUUUUCUUAUUGCUGCUGCUUCAGGGAGUCAUGAGCUAUGAUGACACAGCAUCAUGUGCUUACCCCGACAAGCUCUGCUGUACUGGACAAAAUGAUGACUGCUAUCGUGGGUGUUAUUGUGAUGAGGCGUGCCUUAGUAACAACGAAUGCUGUAGUGACUAUACAGAUACAUGCCCUAAACCAACACCACCAUAUCCCCCAACCACAACAAAACCAACAACCACCACAAAACCAGCAAGCACCCCACCACCAUCAACAAAGACACCAUCAACAACCCGACGAUAUCCACCAACCCCAACAAAACCAUCAAGCACCCUACCACCAUCAACAAAGACACCAUCAACAACCCGACGAUAUCCACCAACCCCAACAAAACCAUCAAGCACCCUACCACCAUCAACAAAGACACCAUCAACAACCCGACGAUAUCUAGCAACCCCAACAAAACCAUCAAGCACCCUACCACCAUCAACAAAGACACCAUCAACAACCCAACGAUAUCCAGCAACCCCAACAAAACCAUCAAGCACCCUACCACCAUCAACAAAGACACCAUCAACAACCCGACCAUAUCCACCAACCACAACAAAACCAUCAAGCACUUUACCACCAUCAACAAAGACACCAUCAACAACAACACUAUCAACCACAUUGAACCGCUGUCCUCACCGAACUCAGCGACCUCAUUGGACUUAUUCUCAAACCUCUCAACAUCCCCAGCCAAAUCAAACACAAAAUCCUUCCUUUACAUACAUAUACAAUAUUUUAGAGACUUUGUUCUCCAGUUUCCUCAGUAUUUUUAAGUCUUUCGGAACCCUUAAUAACACACCUUGAAUUAAUUUAACUUAACAUUGUUUUCAUGAGUUAUGGAAUGAUCUGCAAGUCUCCACCUGUAGAGUCAUUCCAAAGCAGUAGAUGGCACACCUAUAUCGCAUUCUCUUACUAUUAGCCAACUGAAUUCUGUCUUUACCUCUAACUUUGUAAUCCAUUUUAAUGUAAUUUCACUUACUAAUAAAUUCUAAUAUGUAUAAAUA